AUGCGCGUCUCUGUGCUGCUGCUGUUGCUGCUGUUCGGGCUGCUCCAAGGGGGACGAGCACAAAAACUGUCCGCGCUCACGUUUCUUCGAGUUGACCAGGAUAAAGAGUGUAACAUGGAUUGUUCCGGAGCUCCACGCAAACCCCUGUGUGCAUCUGACGGACGGACCUUUAGCUCACGAUGCGAGUUCCAGCGCGCCAAGUGCCAAGACCCCCAGCUAGAAGUUAUCCGAGGGCCAUGCAAAGAUACAUCUAGGUGUGUGGCUGAGAAGAAGUAUACAGAGCAGCAGGCCAAGAAACUUUUCCCACAGGUUUUCGUACCUGUCUGCAACCCAGAUGGCACUUACAGUGAGGUCCAAUGCCACAGCUAUACAGGCUACUGCUGGUGCGUUACACCCAAUGGGAGACCCAUCAGCGGCUCAGCGGUAGCCAAUAAGAAGCCUCGGUGCCAGGGCUCCAAGCAUGACAAGGUCUCUCCCAAAGAGCCAGGGAAAGCAGAUGACUCUCUCAUUCUUGUCGAGGAGCCACAACCACCAGUCGACGAGGAAGACAUGAUCUCACAGUACCCAACACUCUGGACUGAGGUCAGCAUCAGGCGGAACAAAACCAGGACUCAGUCUUCUUCUUGUGAUCAAGAGCAGUUAACGGCUCAAGAGGAAGCAAGACAGCAUAAGAACGAAGCCGUCUUUAUUCCUGACUGUGCCCAAGGAGGUCUUUAUAAACCAGUUCAGUGUCACCCAUCUACUGGUUACUGCUGGUGUGUUUUAGUGGAUACAGGGCGUCCCAUACCUGCCACCUCCACCAGAUACGAACAGCCAAAAUGUGACGGUAAUGCCAGAGCCCACCCCAACAAACAGAAAGAUCUUUACCGGACCAGGCAUCUGCAGGGAUGCCCCGGAGCCAAGAAGAACGAAUUUCUGACAAGCGUCUUGGAUGCACUUUCUACGGACAUGGUGCAUGCUGUGACGGAUCCAGCUGCAGCUGGCAGAAUGCCAGAGCCAGACCCCAACCACACGCUGGAAGAGAGAGUUGUGCACUGGUACUUCAGUCAGCUGGAUAAAAACUCAAAUGGUGACAUCGGCAAAAAAGAGAUCAAGCCUUUCAAACGCUUGCUGAGGAAGAAAUCUAAACCGAAGAAGUGCGUGAAGAAGUUUGUGGAGUACUGCGACAUCAGCAAUGACAAGGCCCUCUCUCUGCAAGAGCUGAUAGGCUGUCUCGGGGUCAUAAAGGAAGAUGGGCCUAAAACAGGAGAAGGCACAAACAACAGUAAACUGAACCCGGCAAAGAAGCAAGGCUGAGUUUGAUGCUCCACGUCUUGUUGCGAUCCCUCCCAAUUCAAAUGGUGAUGGACACCCAUAGUAUUUGCACUUUGUACUUUAAAAACAAUGUAAAUUCACUUUGUAGAAAGAGGAAGGUAUUUAAACAGACUGCUGAACAUGUGAAUGACAUUAGUUAGCUUUUUUAUUUGUAACGUCCUUUAAUACUUUAACACAUACAAUGUAUGUGUCCUUUGUAAGUCUGCUUUUUGGAGUUGUUGCUGUUGUAUUAGGCUACAUGUCACCUUUUGUUGACACGUCAUGUUGUAUAAUUCUUAUUUGUUUUAAGUUUUUUUUUAUGUAUCUUGUGCCAGAUUCAUGCCAGAUUUAUGAAUAGCUAGCUAAAGGAGACAUAGACACUUAUGGUUUGGUUGCAUUUUGGCAUUCAUACCCACUUAUCAGUACAACUGCUUUUGCUUUAACAGCUUUGUGUUGAGUAGAGAAAAUAAAUCUUUCAUCUUUUUACAUUUGAUGUUUUCUACCAGUACACUGUAUAUAUCGGGUAGUAUGUGAAAUGUAUGUGCCUGUA